ACAGCACCCCCAGCAGCACUGAGCUCUCAUUGUGCUGGUGUGUGUUGAUGGCUGAAUGUGAAAUAGGUUCUCCCUUUUUCAGAUAUGAAGCUCUCUGUGUGGUGCUGGUUGAUUUUUUGGGGCUGGUUUGCUGUUGCCGACGAUGACAAGAUCAAUCCUAUUAUUACUGAGGAGCAGUUGCUGUGGGUGGGCGGAGAGGCUGGGGAGGUGCACACAUACCGUAUUCCCCUGUUAAGCUUCACCCCUCGUGGAUAUUUGGUGGCGUUUGCAGAGGCUCGAAAGACAUCCUCAAAAGACAUGGAGGCCAAAUUUAUAGCCAUGCGACGCUCAACAGACAAAGGAGCUACAUGGUCUCCGACUACCUUCAUAGUGGAUGAUGGGAUUCACACUGAUGGCACAAACUUAGGCUCUGUCGUUGUGGAUGAAGAAACAGGAUCCCUGAUGCUGAUCUACUCUCUGUGCUUUUACCACUAUCAGUGCAGCCCUUCUAGCACCAUGUUAGUGGAGAGUCUGGAUGAUGGUCUGACCUGGAGCGCUCCUCGCAAUCUCUCUGACCAACUCGGGGUCAAGAGCUUCAUCCCAGGGCCAGGAUUUGGCAUUCAGAAGCAGCAUCCACCUGCGAAGGGGCGUUUGGUGGUAUGUGGUCACGGCGCCACCAAGGGCGACGGGGCUUUCUGUAUCCUGAGCGAUGAUCACGGGUGCACAUGGAGGAACGGAGGAUCGCUGAAGAGCAUCCCUUAUAACCAGCCCAAACAGAGCCAGGACUUUCACCCUAAUGAGUGUCAGCCGGUGGAGCUCCAGGACGGCAGCAUUGCAAUUAACGUGCGAAACCAGAACCGCUACCACUGCCUCUGCAGGAUAGUGGUGCGGAGCCUGGAUGGAGGAGAGACUCUGCCUGUGGAGGAGCUGACAUUUGACCACACGCUGGUGGAUCCUGUGGUGGCAGCUGGAGCUCUGCAGAAGGAAGGACUGUUGUUCUUCAGCAACCCAGCCAGCACCCAGAAGAGGGUGAAUCUGACUCUGCGCUGGUCUCUGACUGAUGGUAACUCAUGGGAAAAGAAGACUCUUCAGAUCUGGGAAGGGCCAAGUGGUUAUUCCUGUUUAACAUCUCUCAAAGAUGACAAGGAACACAUCUUUGUCAUCUAUGAAAAAGGCCAUAAAGACUAUUACGAGACCAUUUCUUUAGCAAAAAUCAGUCUAUAUGGUGGCCUGUAGAAGAAAUAACUUUCUGCACAGCUAUAGAACCCAACAAAACAAGCAUGUGAAUGUAGUGAAUUGCUCAUGAAGCAUUUCUGAAAUAAUUCAGGCCUUGAACUGGCUUAGGGGUUAAUUUACUAAUGAUGCAGAUCACACUUCUAAUUUGUCACUGUCAUAAGAUUUCUCAUCUAUAAGAGUCCCACAGAGUGACGGACUACAUGUGCUUCAUUACUGCUUUGGUACUUCUCUGCAAACUCCUUCCAAUCACCCAAAAGUCCUUGACAACUCAAUUGCUUUGGUUAUCGAUGAUAGACAAGAUUUGACAUGUUGUAUUCUAUUAUUUUUAGUAUUUUGUCAUCACCUUCUGAAAUUCAGUGUCAAUUUUAUUGUCAUACUAUUUCAAUAUUGUCAAGCCUUCGCACACGCUCGAGCCUGGCGCUGCUGAGCAACCACGUGUGUCCUCACACACGGAGCACAUUGUGCGUGCUUGGGACCCAUUCAUCAUUGCUCACCCCUGUCGCUGGUUUGGAGCACAAUCAGCGCACUCUUAAUAGGAAGCUGUUUGCACACACAGCCCAAAGUAUUGCAUCUGUUUUCUAUGUUCGGCUUUGUUCCUAGCCAUGUUUAAGUACUCUGUUUUAUGAGUCUGGUUUAUGUUCUGUUUAUGACUCCGUUUCAGUUUCAUUUGUCUAAGUUUCGUUACUUUGACCUUGCCUCACAUUUGUAAAUCACACACCUGUUAAUAAACAUCUUCCCUGUACUAA